GCAUUGCAUAUACAUAAGAGGAUCGAGUAUUUAAGCUCACACACUAACACAAUAAUUCAUAAACCCCUUUCUCACAGGCAUAGCUAUAUACCUUGUUCUUCUUCAACCUUUUUCUUUUUUCCUUCGAUUUGGGCCCAACACAAACGCACCAUUGGCUCCGAUCACUGCGUAUCAUCACAAUUCCAUGGCGGCUGGCCCUACAUCACUCUCCGAUCGAUCCACGAUGGUCCCUCCCCCAAUGCUCGUCUCCGACUCCUUCGCCAAGGACGCAAUCCUCGCCUGGUUCCGCGGCGAGUUCGCCGCCGCCAACGCCAUCAUCGACGCCCUCUGCGCCCACCUCUCCUCCGCCGCUGCAUCCUCCGCCCACGACUACGACGCCGUCUUCGCCGCCAUCCACCGCCGCAGGCUCAACUGGAUCCCCGUCCUCCAGAUGCAGAAGUACCACUCCAUCGCCGACGUCACGCUCGAGCUCGCCAGACUCGCCGAUAGAAACCACUACGCUGCCGCCGAAGACGACGACGCCAAACACGAAACCGACGAGAAAACGACGCCGUCGGAGAGUGUCGGAGAUGGUGGUGGCGGUGAUGAACACGAGGAGUAUGAGUCACCCGAGAGCGAGAUUACUGAUUCAGGAUCUCAAGAAAUGCAGGCUAGUCCAACGAACGUUAAUAUAUGUUCCAAUCAUGAAGAGUGUGAAGGGCGUUCUUCACAGUUUAAGUUGACAAAAGGUUUCACAGCAAAAGAGUCAGUGAAGGGACAUAUGGAGAAUGUAGUAAAAGGAUUGAAGUUAUAUGAGGACAUUUUCACUGAUUCAGAACUGUGCAAGCUGACAGAUUUUGUCAAUGAGAUCCAUGCUGCUGGCCAAAAUGGGGAACUGUCAGGUGAAACUUUUAUAUUAUUCAACAAGCAGAUGAAAGGGAACAAGAGAGAGCUGAUUCAACUGGGUGUUCCAAUAUUUGGACAGAUAAAGGAGGAUGCAAAAAGCAAUAUAGAACCAAUUCCAGCACUUCUCCAAGGUGUCAUUGAUCAUCUUAUUCAGUGGCAAUUACUUCCCGAGUACAAAAGACCAAAUGGUUGUAUCAUCAACUUCUUUGAAGAGGGGGAGUUUUCUCAGCCAUUUCUGAAACCACCACAUUUGGAUCAACCUGUGUCGACUCUUCUUCUCUCUGAAUCAACUAUGGCUUUUGGGCGUAUACUUAUGAGUGAAAAUGAUGGGAACUACAAGGGGCCACUCACGCUCUCAUUGAAGCAGGGGUCUCUUUUAGUGAUGAGAGGAAACAGUGCCGACAUGGCGAGGCACGUAAUGUGUCCAUCCCCUAACAGAAGGGUUAGCAUCACCUUCUUCAGAGUGAGGCCAGACUCCAACCAAUGCCAAUCUCCAACUCCUACUACGAUGACAAGUGCGAUGACUGUGUGGCAACCUGGCAUUGCCGCUAGUCCAUAUGCUUUGCCAAAUGGUGCUCUAACUAGCUAUGAGGGUAUGGACAUGAACAUGAUGCCCAAAUGGGGAAUGCUUCGCGCCCCAAUGGUGAUGCUUACUCCUAUGCGUCCUGUGGCGCUGAACCCUCACAAACUUUCUGGUGGUGGGACUGGAGUGUUCUUGCCCUGGAAUGUGCCAUCUAGAAAACCUGCUAAGCAUCUUCCCCCACGUGCACAAAAAGGAAGGCUUCUCACAUUACCUUCCCCUGUUGAACCUCAAAUGGGAGAGUCCACUUCUUAACCAAGCAUUUGUAUUGAAGGAUGAUAAGCACAUGUUUAGUUCUGAAAGCAGCCUUGGGUUUGAAGAAAUGUGAAUCAAGAAAGGUGGCUUCCACUACUCAGCUAUUUGCUCUACACUGUGGAGCAUUUUAUUUAGUUGUACAAACACGGCCCCACCCCAGGUGCUGCAAGAGCAGUUUGGUUCAUUCUUUUUCUUUUUCCCUUUGGAUAGAGUAGAGUCUAGUGGUGUUCACAACGGUUUUCUAUGUUUGCCAAUCACGGCAAGAGCUUUAGUAGAGUAGUCAAGCUUUCAAAUUUGAAGAGUGUGAAUUAUAUCUGACGGUAGCAUUUUGUAAGAAUGAUAUUUUAAGUUAAUCAUCUACUUAACACGCUGCUGUUAUUUGUGGAUUGUUUUAA